AAUACAAUAUAUUUUUUCCAAUAUCGUAGUCAAAAAAUUUACAAACUUCGAUAAAAAAAGUCAAAUAGAAAAAACAUUUUUGGACAUGGAAAUAUACAUAUACAUAUACAUAUACAUAUACAUAUACAUAUAUAGAGAGAGAGAGAACUCUAUCAUCAUCAUCAUUAUCAUAAGUAUCAUUUGAAAUGAAGAUGCAUAGUGGAGUUGUUUAUGUGGUCAUUAUAAUAUGGGCCGCCGCCGCCCUUUCUCUUCUGGGCGUGGCGUCCGCCGAAGUUAUAGAGCAUACGUUUAACGUACACAAUUUUACAGUGGAGCGGCUAUGUCGGAGACAAGAAAUAACCGGAGUCAACGGAGGCCUUCCCGGUCCGACUAUCCGCGCCAGAGAAGGCGACACCCUCGCCGUCCAUGUCCUCAACCAUUCACCCUACAAUGUUACCAUCCAUUGGCAUGGAGUUCUACAACAGUUAAGUGGAUGGGCGGAUGGACCCGCAUUUGUUACCCAAUGCCCGAUUGCGCCCGGCCAACGCUACACAUACAGGUUUAACGUAAGGGGACAAGAGGGAACUCUAUGGUGGCACGCUCAUUCCUCCGUCCUUCGAGCCACCGUCCACGGCGCACUAGUCAUCCUCCCUCGUGAGGGUCGCUCUUACCCUUUCCCUGUCCCCUACCACGACUUCACCAUCCUCCUAGGAGAGUGGUGGAACGCCAAUGUAGUUGACAUAGAGAACGAAGCCAUCGCCCGCGGUGGUGCCCCUAACAUCUCCGACGCUUUCACCAUUAACGGCUACCCCGGCGGUCUCUACAAUUGCUCUUCCACUUCUAAGACGCCUGGUACCUAUAGGAUGAGGGUUAUACAAGGCAAAACAUACCUACUCCGCAUCAUCAACGCCGCACUCAACAACCAAUUGUUCUUCAAGAUCGCCGGCCACUCCUUCAAAGUCGUGGCGGUGGACGCCGCAUACACCGCCCCCUACGACACCGACGUGGUGGUCGUCGCCCCCGGGCAAACCGCCGACGUGCUUCUCGUUGCCGAUCAGCCGCCCGCCCAAUACUACGUGGCGGCCCGCCCCUACGCCAGCGCCGCCAAUGCGGUGUUCGACAACACCACGACCACCGGUGUUUUGGAAUACCAUGGGGCGGUUCCGUCUGAACCGCCCAAAAUGCCGGAUUUACCCUUGUACAACGACACUCCGACGGCGCACAGAUUCUACUCCAACCUCACCGGGCUCGUGACGGGCCCGUUUUGGUCCGCCCCGCCGUGCGAGGUGGACGAGAAAAUGUUGAUCACCAUCGGGCUCGGGCUCGCAGACUGCGGGGACAACGUCGCCGCCUGCAGCGGAGGGAUAAACCGUCAGCGAUUGGCAGCAAGCAUGAACAACGCCUCCUUCCAACUGCCGACCAAACUAUCGUUGCUGGAGGCCAUGUUCAGGGGUGAGGUCAACGGGGUCUACACCACUGACUUCCCUGACCAGCCUCCAGCGAAGUUUGACUACACGAACGCCAGUAACAGCUUGAACGCCACGUUACUGGCGACGGUGAAAUCGACUAGAUUGAGGAAAGUCAAGUUCAAUUCGACGGUGGAGAUUGUGUUUCAGAACACGGCGUUGAUCGGGGCGGAGAAUCACCCCAUGCAUCUGCACGGCUUCAACUUCUACGUCUUGGCUCAGGGGUUCGGGAACUAUAACCCUUUAGUUGACCCGGGGAAGUUCAACUUGUUUAGUCCACAACAACGAAACACCAUCGCAGUUCCCGCCGGAGGAUGGGCCGCCAUUAGAUUCCGAGCCGAUAACCCGGGAGUAUGGUUGUUACACUGUCAUCUUGACGUGCAUUUGUCGUGGGGAUUGUCGACGGCGAUAGUGGUGGAGAAUGGGCGGACGCCGUCGACGAAGCUUCCUCCGCCGCCGGCCGAUUUGCCAAAGUGUGAGCUAAGCACCCACUCCGGAGUUGAGAUACCGUAUUUGUUAAUUCUCAAGAUCUUUAUUUCCUCGUUGGUUUGCUAUGGUGUGAUGCGCACUUGUUUCGUCCUCACACGUGCACGUUCGGGCUACAAGAGAGUUGCUCCUCAGUGACAAAUAAACCACAAAAUAUAUGUUAUUAUUGCACGUGCAUGGUUUGAUUAAAAAUGACCAUUUAUACGUUCGUUUAAGGUUCCUGUU